AGCGGCAGCAUUCAUGGUGGUAUUCGGAAUCAGCAUCGUCGACUACCUAUAGUCCAGUCGGUUUCGUUGAAAAAGCGAUUUAUCAGUUGGGGAUCAUUCCUCGUUAGACAUGGUCAUCAUUGGUUUAGAUCGCACUUGUAGUUACCGAAAUAAAUGAUUGAUAGAAGAAGCCCUUCCAGUAUUUUUCAUAGGCACUGUGCACUUUUCAUACUCACUUACCUGAGCGAAUUGCAUAAACAUUGUACCGUAUCAUCUGAGAAAAAGGAGUCGAAAAAAUAAAGUCGUAGAUGAAAAAAAUCGGAGUUGUACAUUCGAGGCACCUAUGUCGAAUGGAUAUGAAUACAGUAUUUUGUCAACAUCUGGAUACACGUUUUUCAAAAACACCAUUACCAUAAGGAUUAGUUGACUACUAUUUCACAUUUUUUGAAUAAAAAGUCGUCAUAUUACUUUGAGUACAAUUGUAUGAUAAAUCAACGAAUAGAACUUGACAAGAUUUCUUAUAUGGAGGAGGUACUAUCAGAUUUUAGACACAUGAGAUGUCAUAAUAGUUAACGAGUUUGAAAUUUUACACUAAUUCAGGUUUUUAAUGUUUUUUGGCUACAGACAUUAAUAUUUGAUCAUCCUAAUAAACUAGUAGAUGCAUCUAUCGAACACGAAUCGAUCGGUAUAUAAUGUGUGAGAUUAAAUCAAGUCUUGAUCAAGAUAUGACCAUUUUAAUGUUGUAGAUCAUUUUAGAUAUUUUGAAAGCCCGGAAUCUGAGCUACAAAUUGAUAUAAUUUGGAAAGACUUUACAGAAAGUGAAGGUAGCCUGAUGGAAUUGAAUGCACUAGAUCAAGCAAAUGAGAAUCUGAAGAAAAACAUUCAUCCAUCGUUGUUAAAUGUUUACAAACAAUUUGUUGAAAUUAGUGUAACGCAAUUUAAAUCCGGAUUAAAUCGACCGGGAACAUUGCAAUCGUUUACGACUUCACCGGAUCAUGAACUAACAGCACAAGCAUCGAAUAAUACAACAUUCAUUAUGACGGGUAUUCGUCAUACACAACCAGCCGUUUUUACUCGUGAAACGAAUUACUCAGCUGAUAAUCUUGAUUAUGCCUAUCGUCCACGACCACUACCAUCAUCUGGUAUUCUUUCGGUAAUGCAAAGUUUUUGUCCAAAAUCGUUCCCAAGCGAUGAAAAUGGCUUUAGCAUUUAUCCAAAUGGGAGCUCAACAAAUAUUUUAAUCACAAUUGAUCGAAUUACUCGUACAAAUCCAUUUUUUACAAAAGAUUUUUCUGUUAAUGAUAUUGAUUCUUUGCCCGAUAUUUACGAGACAAUGAUCGAUCGACCAGCAUUCAUCUAUGACACAUUGUCAAAUUUAACGAGUCAUAUAUUUCAAAAUUUAUCAAUAUUUUAUCCUUUUCUAACUGAACAAUUAAAUUACUCGUUAACUGAUGCUCAGUCUUUGAUUUCAUUAACAAUUAAUCCAGUUGAGGCAAGUAUAACCAUCUUAUAUAAUUUAUUAUCUGCUAAUCAUCAAACAAUAUUAUCACCUAAACGUGUUCGACGUCAAAUAUUGCCAAAAGAUGUUAAUGAUGAUGAUAAUGAUGAUUUUUUAAAACGUGCUGAGCUAUUGGAAAAACUCUCAACAUCAUCUGACAUAGACAUGAUAGGCAUAAUGAGAAAAGCAUUUUGUAAUUCGACUACUGAUCUAUUUCAUAUUAAUUCAUCAAAAAUCAAUCAGACUGAUUUACAACAACGUUUAUGUAGAAUGACACCAGAACAAUAUCAAAGUCUUUUAAAUUUAUUGAUGAGUACUAUUUCAAGUCAACACAUUAGCGAAAUUUUGGCAUUAGGACUUCUUGAAUCAUCAGCAAUGUUAUUACAGUUGAAUGAUUACAUCGACAAGUUAGAGAAAUAUUCUCUGUUCGAGCAAGGCUUAAACGAUCUUUAUGGCCUGGCGCAAAUCCUUCGUACAAAUUCGUGCCGUUUAGUUGAUAAUUCAACACAAAGUAGUAAUCAGAGUACUACAACCACCACCACGCUACGUCCAUCUAUCGCACUUUCAGGCAAUGUGGAAUCUGUGGCAAUGAAUAAACUAAAGCGAAAUAAAGGUUUUUAUCAAUUAUGGUUAACUAUGCAAGAGUCAAUCUGCGGCACAACACCGUCUGCAGCUGCCUUGAAUGUAGACAGUGAUACAUCAGAUGAUAAACCACCAGAUUUGGCUGAACUUGGUAUAAGUGAUAAUCAACAACGACAAUUGGGCUUACUGUUUUACGUUUUGUAUGGGAAUUCUCAGAUUUUAUAUUCACCCAAUAAUACUUUAAUCAAUGACGUUAUAUCAAAAGCCAAUUCAACAUUUAUCCUAUUAGAUACAGUUACAAAAUAUGCAAAUGAAUGGGGCAGAGUAUCAAAAGUUUUGAAAAAUUAUUUUCUCGCUAAUGGUACAGAGAAAAAAGUUGAAUCCCUUCGACAUAUGAAAAAUUUUAUUGUUAAUUACGGUUCAUUUAUACCAAUUCCACAGCUAACUAAUAUUAGUAAAAUUUUAAAAAAUAUUAGUGAUCCAUCCGUACCAAAUUAUCUGAAACAAAUAUCAGCGAUUGAUAAAGCUGCUUGUACAUGGUCUUCCUUGAUUUCUGGCAUUAAUCUAAAUGUGUUUAGAGGAUUUUCAGAUGAAAAUGAUCUAGUCAAUUAUUUUCUUCGACGAGCAUAUCAUGAGAAUUAUACCGUAUUAGCUAGCGUUGUGUUUAACAACGUAAAUAUGAAUGAUACAAAAUUACCGCCUCAUGUCGUAUACAAAAUUCGACAAAAUGCUUCCUUAACUCCAUCAACAAAACGUGUCAGAGAUAGAUUUUGGGUUCCAUCUCCAGCUCAAAAUGGCUUUGUCUAUUAUGACUUUGGUUUCUCUUGGGUUCAAGAAGUGAUUGAUCGGGCCAUUAUUGACACUCAAGUUGGUAGGCCAGUUUCAGAGCCUGGAUUAUUCUUUCAAGAAAUGGCUUAUCCUUGUUAUCUUUAUGAUAAUUUUCUACAAAUGAUUCAACAUGCAUUACCACUCUGCUUAAUUAUUUCAUGUCUUUAUCCUUUUGCAAUGCUCACACAACAUAUUGUUUACGAAAAAGAAGUUCGUCUUAAAGAAGUAAUGAAAAUAAUGGGAUUGAGCAAUGGAGUACACUGGGUAGCAUGGUUUAUCACAAUUUUUACACAAACAACAUUAGUUAUGGUUGCUGUUACACUCAUAUUACAUUAUGGAAAAGUUUUGAUGCAUUCAAAUCCAUUUCUUAUAUUUCUUAUACUUGAAGUUUAUAGUUUAGCGACAAUUAGUUUUGCAUUUUUGAUUAGUGUAUUUUAUUCUAAAGCAAAAAUAGCGGCUGCUUGUUCGGGUAUCAUCUAUUUAUUAUCUUAUGUUCCAUGUAUGUACAUUUCUAUCAGAGAAGAUUUGGCACAGGAUAUUAUACCUCGAUGGACAAAAAUUAUGAGUUCAUUAUUUUCAACAUCAGCAUUUGGAAUGGGUUCAAAAUAUAUAGCUUUCUAUGAGAAUAUAGGUACAGGAAUUCAAUUUAACAAUAUUCGAUUGUCUCCUGUUGAAGGUGAUAAAUUUACAUGUUUUGAAACAGUGAUGUUUAUGCUUUUGGACACAGUCAUUCAUCUUAUUCUCAUGUGGUAUGUGGAGAACGUGUAUCCUGGUUCAUACGGCAUACCAAAAAAAUGGUAUUUUCCUUUCACAUUAAAUUACUGGUACGGUCCAAUGUACACAGAACCAAAUUGGCUCUUGAAACUUAAACAAACAUAUUUAGUAAGAAUAUUUUCACGAAAUUAUAUAAAACAUCAGUUUGAUGAUACUGUAAUAUCCAAUCCAAAUUGUAAUCAAAACUAUUUUGAAAAUGAAAACACAUCGAAACUUAAAAUUGGUGUUCGCAUUGUUAAUUUAUCAAAAGUGUAUGAUCGUAAAAAAUUUGCAGUACAAAAUUUAUCAUUAAAUUUGUUUGAAGAUCAAAUUUUAUCCUUUUUGGGACAUAAUGGAGCAGGUAAAACAACAACAAUGUCCAUACUCACGGGUUUAAUACCUGCCAGCAGUGGUUAUGCAACAAUUUAUGAUCAAGAUAUUAGAGUUGACAUGGAUACAAUACGCACCAAUCUUGGAUGGUGUCCUCAACAUAAUGUACUAUUUGAUAAACUGACCGUUGAAGAACAUUUAUUAUUUUUUUCAAAAUUAAAGCAAGUUCAUAGUCAUGUAAUGGAAAAGAUGGUUGAAAAUAUGUUAAUGGAUGUUGGAUUAACAUUAAAACGAAAUGCAAUCGUUUCUACAUUAUCGGGCGGAAUGAAACGUAAAUUAUCUGUUGCAAUGGCGUUUGUGGGUGAUGCUAAAACUGUGAUAUUAGACGAACCAACAGCUGGUGUUGAUCCGUAUGCUAGACGCUCAAUAUGGGAAUUGUUAGUUAAACUUAAACAAGGACGAACAAUUCUCUUAUCAUCGCAUCACAUGGAUGAAGCUGAAACGCUUGGUGAUCGCGUAGCUAUAAUAUCAAAUGGUCAAUUAAAAUGUUGUGGCACAUCGUUGUUUUUAAAGUCUCUUGUAGAGCCAUGGAUGUGUAGCAAAGAUGCCACAACAUCGUUUAUUACGAAACUAAUAGUAAAUGCGUAUCUAAAAGAAGAAACCCGACGAGAAUUACAAUAUGUUUUACCUCUUAAAAAUCGACAUAUGUUUCCAGAAUUUUUCAGCGUAUUAGAUUCAAAGUUAAUGAAUUUAUCAAUAAAAAGUUACGGCUUGAAAGAUGUAUCAUUAGAAGAAGUAUUUCUAAAAAUAACAGAAGAAUAUAAACAAACAUCAACUAUAGCUUCGAAUGAUUUAACCACAGAGACGGCGACGACAGCUGGGAAUAUGUCAGACAAUACGGAGAUAUCUUCGUCUUCAGAUAUAUUGGAACAAAAUUCAGAAAAUUCUACGACUGAAUCCCCGACGACAACAGAUACCAAAUCGUUAUCGCAAUUAUCUGAAAUAAAAACAAAUAGUAAGCCAAUUUCUUUAUUAGGUCAAAAUCGUGCCACUGGAACAAGUUUGUAUCUGAAACAGGCAAUGGCUAUCAUCAUAAAACGUUUUACAUACAAUUAUCGAAAUUGGCGUGCAUUAGCCACUCAAAUAUUAUUGCCAGCCUUUUUUAUAACCGUUGCAAUGACAGUAGCACUCUCUGCUCCAGGUUUCUCUGAUCCUCCAUCAUUAACAAUGUCAACUUCAAUGUUUUCUAAUAUGAAUUAUCUUUAUACACCGGUAUCUGGUUUAAACUCGAGAAAACUUCCAAAUUAUAGUGUAGAAGAUGAAACAUGUGCUGGUCCCGAAAAACUGAGUGAUACAAUUCUGCUCCCUUCAUCACUUGGUUCGAUAUGUGUACUACGUGAUCCCUACAUGAAUAUAACAGAUAUGAAACAAAUAUUAUCUUUGAAUAUGUUUAGCAAUUCUUGUUCUAAAGUAUAUCAACCAGAUAUGGAAGCAGGCUCAUUAAAUGAUAUCUCGUGGUCAUCAGCAUUAUUAGCACAACAAAAUGAAAAUUCAACAUCAGCUAGAAAUUUUAGCAAUAUUCCAACAGUAACAUCUUCACUCUAUUAUGUUCCGUGUCACUGUUCAUCACAUCAGUCACGUUUUAUCUGUCAGAUGUUUCAUAAUCCUCCAGCAAGACAUCUUAUAACAAAUGAUUAUAUCUUAAAUAUAACAUUAGAAUCAAAUGAAAUUCUAUAUUAUCUUUAUACAGUUGAUAACUAUCGUUUAAAUCGUUACGGUGGUUUAUCAUUUGGUCUUACUCAGUCAUUUAUUCCUCACAAUUAUCCCACAAAAUAUGAUUAUAACUCCAAUCAACAUCUAGAAUACUCUAAAAAUCCUUAUUAUAUGUUACAAAAACUUGGAUCUAGAAAUACGGCAGUAAUAUUUACAAAUCAUAAAGGAUAUCAUACAUUACCAUUGUACAUAAAUAUCAUGUCAAAUGCAAUAUUACGAGCUAAUAUUCCUUUAUCAAAAGGGUUACCAUCAGCCUACGGUAUAACAACAAUUAAUCAUCCGAUGAAUGAAACAAAUAACAUGUUAUCAACUGAGUUCAUAUUACAAGGUAGUGAUGUUGUUAUUUCAAUAUUUAUUAUUGUUGCCAUGUCAUUUGUUCCCGCCUCUUUUACAUUAUUUCUUGUGUAUGAACGAGCAACAAAAUCGAAACAUAUUCAAUAUAUUAAUGGUCUUUAUCCACUAAUUUAUUGGUUAACAAAUUUCAUAUGGGAUUUAUUAAAUUAUUUAUUGCCUGCUGCAUGUGUUAUUGUUAUUUUAAGAUUAUUUAAUGUGCCUGCCUAUACUGAAGGAGAAAAUUUUACUGCUGUCAUUUCAUUAUUUCUUCUCUAUGGCUGGUCCAUUAUUCCUCUUAUGUAUCCCUUUAGCUUUAAAUUUACUGAGCCAAGCAAUGCAUACAUCUUUCUUAUUGUUAUUAAUUUAUUCUCUGGUAUUACAUGUAUAUAUACGUCCUUCUUUCUCGAAAUAUUUGAUAUGGGAAAUUCGCCAACAUCCAUGUUAAGUAAAAUAACUCGUAAUGUUAAAAAAAUAUUUCGAAUUUUUCCAAACUAUUGUCUUGGUCGUGGAUUAAUUGAUAUUGCUUAUAAUGAUUAUUAUAAUUCAUUUUAUAAGAAAACUGGUUUAUAUGAUAAAAUUCGUUCACCAUUUCAAUGGGAAAUUGUUGUAUCUAAUUUAGUAUCAAUGGCAAUAUCUGGCGUUGUUUUUUGGAUUCUAACAUUAUUAUUAGAAUAUGAAUUUUUCUAUUCUCCUAAAAUACCAGACGCAUUACCAAUUUCUCAUUUGGAUGAAGAUGAAGAUGUUGGACGUGCAAGAAAACAUGUAUUAAAAGAACAAUGUAUCGAUGAUGUACUUGUAUUAUAUAAUCUAUCAAAAACAUAUAAAACACGUAUAAAAAAAAAUUUAAUUGCUGUUAAUAAUAUAUGUCUUGGAAUACCGGCAAGUGAUUGCUUUGGUCUAUUGGGAGUAAAUGGAGCGGGAAAAACAACAACAUUUCGAAUGUUAACUGGUGAUCUUCGUCCUACUGCUGGUUAUGCUCGUGUAAAUGGUUUCGAUAGUAUUAAGGAAAGACGGCAAGUUUUCAAACAUAUUGGUUAUUGUCCACAAUUUGAUGCUCUAUUUGAUGAAUUAACACCUCUUGAACAUAUGUUGUUAACUGCACGUUUGAGAGGAAUUUUAUGGGAAGAUGAGAAAGCAAUAGCAACAAAUUUGUUACAAAAACUUGAUCUAGUCGAAUAUUAUAAUAUACCAGUUGGAAAAUUGUCAUUGGGUAAUAAAAGAAAAUUGAGUACUGCUUUAGCAUUGGUUGGAGAUCCAACAAUUUUAUUUCUGGACGAACCAACGAGUGGUAUGGAUCCCAGUGCUCGACGAUUUCUAUGGAAUGUUAUUCGUCAACUUAUCAAAGAUGGUCGAUCGAUUAUUCUAACAUCUCAUAGUUUAUACAAACGUAUUCAUUUCUAUUUUAGUAUGGAAGAGUGUGAAGAAUUAUGUGGUUCGUUAGCUAUCAUGGUAAAUGGUUGUUUUCGUUGUCUUGGAUCAACUCAACAUUUGAAAAAUCGCUUUGGAGAUGGUUAUACAAUAAAAAUUCGUUUAAAACAAACAAUUUCUGAUGAUUCAAUAUCAUCAUCAACAGCCAGUAAUGACUAUUUACAACUGGUAUUAGAUUAUUUUAAUAUUGAAUUUUCUUCUUAUGCCAUAUUAAAAGAAAAACAUUUAAAUAUCCUCCAAUAUGAAAUUGAUAAUAAAAAAAUACCAUUAAAAUUAAUUUUUCAAAAAUUAGAAUAUUUAUUAAAUGUAAAAUAUUUAAUAUUGGAUUAUAGUGUUAAUCAAAAUACACUUGACAACGUCUUUGUCAAUUUUGUUCGUGAUCAACAAGAUUAUCAUAGUACAAAUGCUCAAACAUCAACAGAGUCAAAACGAAAAUUAACCAAACAAAAGGAUAUUCAUGGAAUUAUCGAUGAUACAUUUGAUGAUGGCAGUUUUGUCGUCUAUAAAAGAACUGUAAGUGAAACAAAAUUAAAUAUAAAUAGUUUAGAUUUGAGUCCGCAUGAUAAUCAGCUAUCUACAAUAGCUCAUAAUGCUAAUAAUUCUAUUAAUAGCUCUAUUGCUAAUGUCAACAAUGUUUGUGACUGUCAAAAACAAUCAGAUACUAGUGAUUGUACAAAACUUUAG